AUGGCUUCAACUGGAGGACGAAUAGAUCCAUAUCCAAAAACCACUGUUCCACUCAAACUCAAGGAGAUUUUUCACUCGUUGGGGAUCAAAGCCGACGAGAAGGAGCGAGUUCCAUGGAAUAUUGUGCCAUAUAUCCUCUAUGACAAAGGAUUCUACCUUGCUGGUUUGCCGACGAGCAUAUUCUACGGCACCGACAAACCUUCCGACGAACAAAGGAGGCAGCGUCUUGAGACAUAUCUACAGUGGCCACCUCCUGGUCCAAAUCCAUUAGUAUUACUCAAGCAAGCAUGUUCUACCGAUGGGUUGGUUCGUCUCGUCCCGCGUCCAGAUGGCAGCGAUAUAGUGUUUCAGACAAUCUCUGAAGACGGAACCACUCUAGACAUUCCAAGGUGGAGAGCCCCUCGACCUGCAAGAAAGACGAUUGCAAAGCAUACGCAACCCUCCGGCCCAAGCCUUCCAUUUGCGUCCUCUCCUCAUCCACCAGAGGUACUUAAUCGGAAAUUCACCUCUGCUCCUGGAAACGCUACAGUUCAGCAGCCAUCUGCCCCAGAGAGCUUGAACACGUCUGCUCAUGUGACGCAGCCGACUCUCAACGAACCAGGUCCGCCGGAUCCAAGACAAAUAUCUACUCUCACUCCGUUACCCUCUUUGGGAAACCCCUUCCCGGGCAGCGCUGUGGUGGCACCGCUGGCCUUUAGGCAGUUGCUAAAAAGCCUCGGCUUACAGGAGACGAAGCAGGGUUUUAUCCCAUGGAGAGCUCUACCUGACCAACUUUGGACCAAAGGCCUCUAUAUUACAGGGAUCCCCGCGAGUGUGUUCCUUGGAAGCAGUGACCCAGCCAUAGAUGUCAUCGAAAAUGCCCUCAAGGGUAAUUUGACUCCACGUUGGAAUCCAUCGACCCAGAGUGCCUUGUUAAAAGCCUCGGAAAAGGGUGAUAUCAAGGUUCUUCCUCGUCCAAAGGAUCGCGAUGUCAUAUUGGAAGUCAUAACAAAGCAUGGUCCCGUCGAUCUAGUAAAGUGGAGAGCGCAGCCACAGGUCGCCCGGGCCCAGCGAAUUAGACCACCACCCGUCGUGAUGUCACCGUCUGUAUCACCCAGCGACGAAGGGGGGGAUACCCGGUCUAUCACACCUACCACCCCCAUCACACCACAUCGAAGCCAGAGCGCAUCAUUGCGCAAAGCUUUGAUCGAAGGAGGGAACAAAAGACAGCCUAAGUCGACCUUGAGGUCUAGAAAGAAAGAGACAAAGGAAGAAGAAGUCGAUCUCUUUCGAUAUGCCAAAGAAGUGCCGCUGAAGCUUCGUAAGCUUCUUCUACAAGCCGGAAUCGAAGAAGAUCCCGAAGAGAGGGGCUACAUUCCAUGGGAAACGAUUCCCCAUCAGCUCUGGAACAAGGGUGUUUACAUCUCUGGGUUUCCCGCAAAUUUCGUCCUAGGGAAGAAAAGUUUGGAGCAAAUAAGAAAGUUUCCGUGGAAGCCGCAGAGAUUCUUUCUCCAAAAUGCCGAAGCCACCCAUGGUCUCCAGAAAGUAUUGAAUCAAGGUCUUGUUCAAGUUCAGAAGCGACCACUAGAUAGGGAUGUGGUCUUUGAAAUAAUAGACGAGAAGGGCACGCACAUUGACAUUGGGAAAUGGGAAGAGAUAGACGCAGAGUCAGAAUCAGACGGCCACAUGGAUGAAGUAAUGCUGCAAAAACCGACAACCUCUGGUCAAUCAUGGCACGCCCAGGUCACGGCGUUGAUGGACCAGCUAGCUGAGAUGCUCGUUGAGGCAGGCGUUCAGCUUGCUCCACAUGAAACUCGUCAGGGCAAAUACAAGAUUGUGUGGCACACCCUUCCAAAACUCCUUCAUCAAGCCAAAGUCUGUCUAGUCGGAUUUCCGCUCGAACUUCUUCCAUACUUCAAACUUCACAAACAACUUCUUGGCCGUUGGGCGAUCCGGUGGAAUGGCGAAACCCUUGACAAGGUAGUCAACUUGCUGGAUUAUGAAGGUAUUGCUGUUGAAAAGUGGGAUGAAACAACUCAAACAAUUGUCCAAGCCUUUAAUGAGCAAAACGAGCGAUUCGAGUUCACCUGGGACGACUUUAUCAACGCAGAAAAGGAUGACCCAGACAUGAGAGCACGCAACGGAGUCAUUAUGGCUCUGGUCGAUGGGUCAUCAAUAGGUAGACGAAGGCGCAGGGCCGAUACAUCAGAAGAUGAGGACAGCGAUAUGCAAUACGACAGUCCAGGCACUCUAUCUGGGCAAACCAAGCGCAAGGGCUCAUUCGUUUUCGAUCACCGAAUCGUCAAAAGACCACGAGUGGCAGCUUCCGAUGACGAGAUGAUGAAAAUUGAGUCCGAAGUCGAAACUUUGCUUGGAGGCAUGUCGCUCGAAGGAGAACCUAUAACGGGACCGAUGCACCAGUCCGUGGAAACCUUUAGAAGCAUGAAUCGAAAAUUACGACGUCGAAAAGAGUCCAUCAAGAGUUUGAUUGCGAUUCUUUUGUAUCAUCAAAUUCCGUGUAUAUACGAUAAUGGAAGAGAAGUAUCAUACUUUCUUCCAUGGACCCAGCUACCUCGCCACUUGGCUGCGCGCCGCUACUAUCUCGCUGGAUUCCCAGACGUAUGCGCUCCAGUUGUGGACAACGAUCUAGUCCUCAUACAAUCUGGCCCUCGCUACUGGGAUGACGCGCAGUGGGAAGCCCUAGAGAAGGCUCUCAAAGAGGACAAGAUUGAUGCGUUUCCCUCUCCCCGCAAGGCAAUGUUCGAACUCGUCGAAAAGGACGGCAAGUUGACAAUGUCAAAUCUCGGAUACAGCAAGAGCUGGCUCCAGUCGCAUUUUGGAACCGAAGCUGGCUCGUCUGCUUCUAUCUACGCGUGGGAUCCAGACGUCAUGGAUCCUAUUGUGAUGGAGACUGAGCUCGAAUGGGGACCAGAAGAUUUGCCAUAA